UGUAAUCAUGUUGUAUUUCAGAACCAGUUACAUUCAGAAUUGAAAAAAAUGAGCAAAGGGGGAAGUAAUGUUCUAAUGGUCAAGAAAUCUAAAAUAAACCGAGAACAGCAUGCAUUGGAAGAAGCUUUUGAGAGAGCAGACAAGAACGGAGAUGGAAGAUUGAGUAUUGAAGAAUAUUAUGAUAUUCUCAAAAGCCACUCAAUAAGCACGACACAGUCCGAAAUCCUACAUUUACUGGAUAUAGCAGACAAAGACAAUGAUGGGUUCAUUACAAAGGAUGAGUUUAUACACGGACAAGCAAAGGAGAAUGACCUGAUUGCAGCACAGGAGAAGGCUCGUUUAGCGUUCAACUUUAUAGACAAAAACAGGGAUGGUUAUAUUACAAAAAACGAGAUGUUGGCGACAAUAAAGAAACUAACCACACAUCAGGUUGAUGCAGUGUUCUACAGGAAUGACCACGAUGGGGACGGAAAACUAUCCCAGGAGGAGUUCACCAACAUGAUGAUCAAGGAGCACAAGUAGCUCUUCUUAUCAUCAUCAUCGUCAAGAUGAUAAAUAUCUUAAUUCUUUAACUUAUUCACUUUUACA